AAGAAGCCCCAGAUUUUUUCAAGAAGGGAAGAGGCAGAAUGAUGGGUGGCAGUGGCAUAGCAAACAGAUGGAGAGAACUAAGUGGCGAGAAAAAUUGGCAAGAUUUGUUAGACCCUUUGCAUGUUGAUCUCCGCAAGUAUAUUAUUCACUAUGGUGAAAGAGCACAAGCUGUUUUAGAUGCCUUCAAUAAAGAAACAGCAUCUAAAUGGAUUGGAUUCAGCAGGUAUCCGAUGGAUGGUUUCUUCUCGAGGGUUGGUUUAGAGAAGGGCAAUCCAUACAAGUACGAAGUGACAAAAUUUUUUUAUGCAAGGUCGGAGAUUCAAGUCCUUGAUUGGUUUUCCGUUGGGCAGUCCAAUUGGAUGGGGUAUGUUGCAGUGGCUACGGAUGAAGGAAAGGCUGUGUUGGGGAGGAGGGACAUUUUGAUUGCUUGGAGAGGAACUAAGAGAAAUAUCGAAGUGAUUAAGGAUAUUCAGGCAGAUUUAGUCUCGGCAGCUGAUAUUCUUGGAGAAAAUGGAGAUCCUAAGGUGCACCAUGGGUGGCACUCAAUCUACACAUCUAAGGACUUGCAGUCUACCUUCAACAAAACCAGUGCAAGAGACCAGGUUCUUGGUGAGGUUAGGAGAUUGGUGGAGUUAUACAAGGAUGAGGAAAUAAGCGUAACGAUAACCGGACACAGCCUGGGAGCAGCGAUUGCUACCCUUAGUGCCAUGGACAUCGCUGCCAAUGGUUAUAACAUCCCAAUAACCGAACCCGAAAAGGCAUGUUUAGUGACUGCAAUUGUAUUUGCCAGCCCCCAUGUUGGAGAUUCAGGCUUGAAGAAUGUAUUCUCCAAACUCAAAAAUCUUCGUGUUUUACGUGUCAACAAUGAAUUAGAUGUUGUUCCUUCGUUGCUGCAACUAGCUUACACCCAUGUUGGAGAAGAACUGGAAAUUGAAAGUGACAAAUCUAAGUAUCGAAAAAUUUACCCAGAUUUGAACACAAAUUUGAUGCUUGCUCAUCAAUUGGAGAUAUAUCUGCAUGGAGUUGCUGGUGCAAAUGAGGCCAGUGGAGAAUUCGAGCUACAAGUUGAUCGUGAUAUUUCACUAAUGAACAAAUCCUUGGGUGCUUUGAAGGAUGAAUAUUACGUCCCAGUUGAAUGGUGGACAGAGAAAAAUAAGGGUAUGGUUCAGCAAGAAGAUGGUUCCUGGAAGCUAGAUGAUUAUGUACCUGAUCCUCCGACUGAUUGAAUUUGAUGCUCGAAUUGUUAGUGAGAAAAUCCCACACCAGUUAAACAGGAAAAAAAAGGUGGACUUAAA